CGGAAGCAGGGGGCCGCGCGGCGGCGGUCGAGCCGGAAGAGGUGGAGCUGGGCCUGGAGGAUCUGCAAGAGUCCUUGCCGCUGGGGCCACUUGUGUUUGCGGGUCGCAGGAAGCGGACCCUAGCGGGUGGGGUGUCUCGCGAUGCCGGAGCUGGCGGUGCAGAAGGUGGUGGUCCACCCCCUGGUGCUGCUCAGUGUGGUGGAUCAUUUCAACCGAAUAGGCAAGGUUGGAAACCAGAAGCGUGUUGUUGGUGUGCUUUUGGGAUCAUGGCAAAAGAAAGUACUCGAUGUAUCCAAUAGUUUUGCAGUACCUUUUGAUGAAGAUGACAAAGAUGACUCUGUCUGGUUUUUAGACCAUGAUUAUUUGGAAAACAUGUAUGGAAUGUUUAAAAAGGUCAAUGCCAGAGAAAGAAUAGUUGGGUGGUACCACACAGGCCCUAAACUACACAAGAAUGACAUCGCCAUCAAUGAACUCAUGAAAAGAUACUGCCCUAACUCAGUAUUAGUCAUCAUUGACGUGAAGCCAAAGGACCUGGGACUGCCCACAGAAGCAUAUAUUUCAGUGGAAGAAGUCCAUGAUGAUGGAACGCCAACUUCAAAAACAUUUGAGCAUGUGACCAGUGAAAUUGGAGCAGAGGAAGCUGAGGAAGUUGGAGUCGAACACUUGUUACGAGACAUCAAAGACACUACCGUGGGCACUCUUUCUCAGCGGAUCACAAACCAGGUCCAUGGUUUGAAGGGACUGAACUCCAAGCUUCUGGAUAUCAGGAGCUACUUGGAGAAGGUGGCCACAGGAAAGCUGCCCAUCAACCACCAGAUCAUCUACCAGCUACAGGACGUCUUCAACUUGCUGCCAGACGUGAGCCUGCAGGAAUUUGUCAAAGCUUUUUACCUGAAGACCAAUGACCAGAUGGUAGUGGUGUAUUUGGCCUCCCUGAUCCGUUCUGUGGUCGCCCUACACAACCUCAUCAACAACAAGAUUGCCAACCGGGAUGCAGAGAAGAAAGAAGGGCAGGAAAAAGAAGAGAGCAAAAAGGAUAGAAAAGAUGACAAAGAGAAAGAUAAGGAAAAGAGUGAUGUAAAGAAAGAAGAGAAAAAGGAGAAAAAAUAAAACAUGUUGCUUUUUAAUUUGUAAAUUAAAAUCUUAUAAACUAACUCAGUGUGCCGCCAGAGGGUUCUUUUCAUUUUAAGUGCUUGUUAAAAGCUGCAUUGAUGAGAGCUCUCUGCCACUGGUCACUCUUGCUAUGGCAUUACGUGGACGUAAAUGGAUAGAGGGAUGGAUCUCGUACCUAAACUGCAGUUUAGGCUGCUAUGAGUUGGGAAUGUGACAGCUUAGGCUUCAGAUUGUGUGAGAAAAGUGAAGAAGAGUAAACAUAACAUUUUUGGUACUCUUCGUUCUUUUAUCUGUAAAACCAGGAGUUGAAUUUUCUCCAUCUCAAGACUCUUAGGGUCUGUUUCUGGCAGUUUGCAGAAUUGCUAAAUGGAAUGCAUGAAUUCCAAAAGUGCUCUGCCUCGGAACACUGAAGUUCUGACCCUUCUGAACAACGUUGAGAAUACAGCACCAUGGGACUUUUGAACCCGUAGCUCUGGCAUUCUCAGGGCUUGGCAUCCAGCUUCAUGUAUUGUUUACCUUCAAAGACACAAUUAAAUGGCUUGGUUUUUAA